AUGGGUCCCGCCGAUCAACGUCACCUGCUCCGAUUAGCUUUAUCUUGCCGGAAAAUCUGUGCUCAGGUAACCAACUCCGGCACCGAUUCCAUCGUCGCCAUGGCCUCAUCCACUGAACAAGAAUUCAUGGCUCAUUAUCGAUCCAAACUCACCACGUUUCCCAGGUCACUCAAAUUUUGGGACGCCAAGAUCGCUUCGAGAAUCGGUGAAAAACUAGGGUUUCGUCUCAACGACAUAGGCAUCUCCCACCUCGAAAUUGACCUCGCUGAAGAGCUGUCACGCCCGAUUCAUUACCGGAAAAUGGUCAUCCCGUUCUUUCAUUCCGUCAAACGUGCUGGAAUUAGCGUCUCUGGUUCAGAACAAUUGGAAUCUCAGGCGUAA